AAGGUGUUUUUAAAUUAACUGUAUUUGAAACUUUGCUACUUUGAAACUAAAUGUUCAAUCUUAAAACUAUAUAUCCGUAAGCCAGUGAAGUUUUUGUUUAACUUUAUGUUUAAAUAUUCUUGUUUUACCGAAAUAUGUUUUAAUAUAUAUCAUUUUCAGAGAUUAAGGGUUUCAAAUGGAUGUGAAGGACGAUAAACAAUUUGAAAUUAAAGAAGAGGAAAUUUGCCAAGGUCAUACAGUUUGUUACGAUUUCUCUGUGAAUAAUCUCUCUGCUAAACAAACCUGGCUCUUUAAAAAGACUUUUCAGACUGACUGCAAAAUUCUACCAACUUCGUGGUUAUUUGAGAUGCUAUUUCAGUAUCUACCAGACAACGGCAAUGCUUCUUGUUAUUUAACUGUAAGCAGAAAUGAUACCAUAGAUAUUCCUGUGAAGGCAUUUAUUUGGUUAAGGUUUUCUACUGCCAAUGGUCAGCCUUUCUUUAUUUUACCAAAAAUUUUAACGAGUUAUAGAAUGCUACCAAAUGAUGAAAUAAAAGAAUCUAUCGUAGAAAUUUUACCCUUUCCAGAAGUGGGAACUUCACUUAAUCAAGAAUUGAUUGUAGCUGUCGUUAUAAGAAUCCGGCAUUGUCAUUCAGAAAGUGAAGAAAUGAUUCCAUGAACAGUCCUGUGAAUAUACUUAUUUGGGUGUCAUAUUGUGAUAACAUGCAGCGGAAUCCCGUCUAUUCCGAAACUUUUGACAGAUAUGGAAUGUUACCCAAUGAUGAGCUACGAGUAUCUUUUGCUGAAAUUUUACCACCAUCAAGGAUGAAAAUUUUGCAUUGUAAUAGACUAACAGUUAAAGGUUCCAUAUCAAUUCGCUGCUGUCAUUCAGAGAAAAACUCGGAUCAUGAAGAAA